AUGACGGGGGGUCUUCCGCAGACGGCGUACGCUCCUCCUGUGCUCGACCCUGUAGACUAUCCUUCUCGCCGAAGAUACGGGGCCGUGGACGAUUACACCCGGAGACCGCACCACCGACUCGUUGAGGAGUCGAGCUCGGAUCACCAGCCGUCACGGUUACCGAUAGCAAGGAAGGACACGGUUGCCGUGUUGUGUGUGUUUGCCCUCCUCGCGGGAUACUACGUGGCUAACAGCAGAGAGGGCGACGACGGGGGGAACGAGAGAUCACAACUACAUGUAGGACGUACAGCCAGAUUUGUCGAGGAACACGCAGCAGCAGGAGGAGGAGCGUUAUCAUCGGGCGAGUCUGGCCAGGCGCAAGCUUUCACCGCUCUCAAUUUCUGCCACGUGCGGGACGGAAAGCCGGGGCAGGACUAUCCCUUCAAGCUUGUCGAACCCCGCCGCGAGACCACCCUGGCCGCAAGCUCCACGGGAAGGUUUCACGAUGGCCUAGGCUUCCUGGUGAGCCACUCGGUCCUCACCAACACGUUCGAGUACAGCUGGCAGGCCGUGAACCCGAAGCUCACCGUGCCGUACUGGGAUUUCACGAUCGAGACUUCCACCUCAACGGAGACGGUGUACGACCCGGCUUCCCCUUACACGAGGACGCCGUUGCUGAACGCUUCCUGGUUCGGCACCGCUGACGUAGACGACGGCAUGGUGAAGGAUGGUCGACGGGCGAAGUCGGAGAUCCCCAUGGUCAGAGACAACAACCCGGGUGGCCUCGAACCGGACGUGUACGGCAAGCUUCAGGCUCCCUGGAACACGAACGACAGAGCAUACCUCACGCGUGGGUUGGGUCAGCUGUGCCAGCUAAACACCAACCAGCUCUUACCGUGGCCCACCUGCCAGACGCACUACGAGCUCACAACGGGGUCCCACACCUUCUACGACUGGGUGUGGAACAGCAUGCACGCCCCCGACGCGCCGCUCCACCUGUGGCUCGGGGGAACCAUCGACUGCGCGGGCACGUACGAGGCGAUCGCCGAGCUCGUCGGAACUCUAUCGCGGAGACGCUCACGCUCCUGGCGAUUUACCACCGCAGGAACCUGUACUGCGACAACGUGUGUCGCUUCUAUCCCUCGUGCUCUUGCCCGCAUGAUAACCGGCCGGUUCAUGCAGCUCCUGUCGAGUGGCCAGUGCGGCUGCCACAGUUACGGCCUCGCACAGGGUAGCGACUACAAGAUUGUCAUUGAGAGUAUGGAAUACCUGGAAGACCUCAUUGGGGAGUUGGAUGACACUACGCAAAGGAAGGUCGUGGGGGCGCUCUGCACGGGCAUGGUCAACCUCGGGUCCCACUCACAGUCGAGCUCUACAUACGACCCGUUGUUCUGGCCGACGCACCCGACCAUGGGGCGCCUAUACCAGUUUCCGGUGCUGACCGGAUCAAUUGACGACUUUUGUUGGACGGACGCGGACAUCAAUGUCACCUUCGCCGACGGCACCACCGUCUCGGAGAUCACCAGCGUCUACUCCGACCACUGCGUCGGACAUCACGGUAGCGACGUGUUCCCCUACUUUCUGCUUGACACCGACACUGACGGCUUCGAGGUAGCCAACUCCUUGUCGUACGUGUCCGACAAGUUCGAGUGGUCGCACUGCGAGGCAGACGGUUUCGACUUCAACGACGCCUGGGAUGAUACCGAGCAGUCUCCCCCCGCCGCUCGGCCCUUUUCGCACCAUCAGAAGGCCCAUGGGCGCUUGGGGUUGUCUCUAGUCUAUACUCAGACUUUCACGAGAAGAUGGCUCAGCGCUUGAAGGGGGCAUAGAGCUCGGCACCCUCUGCCUCGGGUCAUUCCGGGCAACGCCGUACGUUGUGCGGGGCUCUUGGGCAACCUACCCGUUGUUACUUUCCAGCCCUCUUGUACGCCGCUGGAGAACCAUUUAAUUUGCGUUCGUUUUUGGGGCCCAAUCGUUGAGACUGACAGG